AUGGCAACCUCUUUCUCUCCCACAACACCACUCCGUUACAUCCUCCAAAACCGUCCCAAACCUCUUCUUUCUGCAGAGUCCUCUUACAGCGUCAAACGCUCUUCAACCUAUGCCACACUAAACCUCCCUCGCAACUUCACACUCCCUAGGAAUGGGAAACCUCUCCUCUCUAAAGGAUUCUUGACCUUGCAUAGAAGAAAGGGAAUUGUGAGGGCUGCUACUAUUGAAGAAAUUGAAGCUGAAAAAGCAUCUAUUGAGAAAGAUGUUAAAAACAGAAUGGAAAAGACUCUUGAUAAUGUUCGGUUGAAUUUCAGUUCCAUUAGAACCGGGAGAGCAAACCCGGCAAUGCUUGACAAAAUUGAGGUGGAAUACUAUGGAUCUCCAGUUAGCUUGAAGAGCAUUGCUCAAAUAAGCACUCCUGAUGCUAGUUCUCUGUUGGUACAACCAUAUGACAAAUCAAGCUUGAAGUCUAUUGAGAAAGCCAUAGUUAACUCUGACGUUGGUAUGACUCCAAAUAACGAUGGAGAAGUGCUAAGGUUAAGUAUCCCUCAGUUGACAUCUGAUAGACGAAAGGAACUAACAAAGAUAGUGGCUAAACAAGUUGAAGAAGGGAAGGUGGCUUUGAGGAACAUAAGAAGAGAUGCUUUGAAAGCUUAUGAAAAACUUGAAAAGGAAAAAAAGCUCUCUGAAGAUAAUGUGAAGGACUUGUCUAGUGACUUGCAGAAGCUGACAGAUGAUUAUAUAAAGAGGGUUGAUGUCAUCUACAAACAGAAGGAAAAGGAGUUGCUGACCGUUUGA